AUGUUGAAGAACCUCGCACUCGGCCUGUUGGCCGCUCAAUCUGUGGCUGCCACUCGCUUUGCCAUGUACAUUGACCAAUACCAUGUGACCGACCUCCCGGACUCUAAGACAACUGAGGGAAUUGACUAUGCUAUCAUGGCAUUCGCACCCUCGAAGAUCUUCAACUCCGACUCGCCGCCAUCUUUCCAGCCAUUCGAGUCCCCGGAGAGCUUCCGCAAGCGUUUCAGCCCCGACACCAAGCUCGGUAUUGCUAUUGGAGGAUGGGGUGAUACCUCUGGUUUCUCGGAAAGUGUCAGGGACGACGCCUCAAUUGAGCGAUAUGCGAAGAAUGUCGCCUCGAUGCUCGAGUCCAACGGAUUCGAUGGUGUUGACAUUGAUUGGGAGUACCCCGGUGGCAACGGCCAGGAUUACAAGCAGGUCCCCAACUCCGAGAAGGUCGGCGAGAUUGAAGCCUACCCCAAGUUCCUCGCAGCCAUUCGUAAGGCCAUUGGCGAUGACAAGCUCCUCUCCAUCGCCACCCCCGGCCGCGAGCAGGAUUUCAUCGCCUUCACCAAGGAGCAGGGUCCUAAGAUCUUCGAGCCCGUUGACUAUAUCAAUGUCAUGAGCUACGAUCUGAUCAACCGCCGUGACAACACCACUGGUCAUGCCAGCUCUGUCCAGGGAUCCCUGGAUACCAUUAACCAUUACCUCGAGAUCGGCGCUCCCCCGGAGAAGAUGAACCUUGGCUUUGCAUACUAUGCCAAGUGGUUUACUACCGACCCCGAGUCGGACUGCGACGAGAACCCUCUCGGAUGCAAGAUGGUCAAGCUCGAGAAUGAUGAUGGAUCUGACAAUGGCAAGUCUGGUGCUUUGACCUUCGAAGCUAGCGUCGUUGCGGAUGCCCCCAAGGACCUCAAGACUUCCACCAACGGCAAGUGUGGAUUCGGAGAGAAGUCCAAGUGCCCCGAGGGAUCUUGCUGCAGCACCUACGGUAACUGUGGUACUGGUGAUGACUUCUGCCAAGCCGGCUGUCUCUCCGAUUACGGUACCUGCAAGGGUAUCUCCAUCACCGACUCCUGGCGCGAUGCCGAGAAGAACGGCCAGACCGACGAGGAGGCCGGUGGCCAGUACUACUUCGACAAGGAGAACAACCUCUUCUGGACCUGGGAUACCCCUGACCUCAUUGCCCGCAAGUUCCAGGACAUCGUCGCUGAGAAGAAGCUCGGUGGUGUCAUGGCCUGGAGCUUGGGCGAGGAUACGUAUGGCUUCAAGCACCUUAAGGCUAUGCAGAACGGUAUCAAGUCUGAGUCUACCAAGAUUGACGCUGCCAAGCCCAAGGCUAACGCUGCUAAGCACCACUAA